AUGUCGGAAGACGCUAACCUCGUGCAUUGGUCGAGACUAAAUUCGUCGAAAAAUGUGUUGCUCUGCGAUUCGAAAGUGUGCCGGUUGUGUGGCGAAGAGAACGAGAAUGGCCUCCCGUGCGAAAUUAGCCAACUAAUCAACCGGUACUUGCCGGUAGAGGUUCAAGAUGAUGGUAUCUCGCCACGGUGACAGUUGCUGUUCAAUGAAAUCGAGAGGGAGAAACAGCGGGAACUGGCAGCCUCCAGUAAGAAUGUUACCGUUGCCCGAGUGGAAGAUCUCGGUCCCCUAUACGGUACCCUUCUCGAUCAAGCAAAGUGGAACGAGCUGUUCAGCAAGGCGGAGCUGUCUGUCACACCAUGCGUCGGCAACGAUAUUCCGGCGAUCGAGCUUCACGAGCUCGAAGACUUGCUUAAACCCACCAACGAUAAGGACAUCCGGCAAGAUCAGACACCGUCCAUCAGAGAAGAGGAGGCGCAACCGGUUGCUGGAUCGACGAUAGAUGAAUCGCACGAAUUGAUCGAAAAGGACUGGAUCGUAAACUCAGAUGUUUCAAUGUCCGGUGGACGGUUGAUAGGAUUCAUGAACCACAAUGUCAGCGGCAUCGGUAGUCUGGUGGUGGUCAAAUUGGCCGACGGAUCAUCGCGAAAGCAGUCCAAGUUCAUCUGCGAUAUUUGUGCCAAGAGUUUCGCCCACGAGCGGCGCUAUGUGCGGCAUCGGAAAACGCAUUCCGUCCUGUUCGAGUGUUCCGAUUGUUUGGUAAAGUUCGGUACGACCGAUAAGUUGAAGGUGCAUCAGCAAGAGAAAGUUCACCGUGGGCAAGGGAUAGUGGAUGGAAUUCAAAUCGAUACGAAGACUACAGGGCACGGGACGGAGCAAUUGGAUCAGUACGCUUGUGAUAAUUGUGAUAACACGUUCUCGGAGCUGCAGAUGGUGUUGAAGCACGAAGAAACGGUGCACGUUAGUGAAAACAGAACAUACGUUUGUAGCGCUUGUGGUAAGUCCUUCCGGCAGAAGGAUCUCCUGAAGCGCCACCAGAGCACACAGACCGAAGGGCGUCCCCAUCAGUGUAAGGUGUGUGAGGCAUCGUUUAAGACACGCUCGAUGCUCUCGAAACAUACCAAAGUGCAUGACGCGGAAGCGAAGUGUCCUGUCCCGUGCCCCUGGUUCCCGUGUGACCUACAGUUCCGAUACAAGGCCGGCCUCAAGCAACAUCUGAACGUUCACGCGGGCGUGAAACCGCUCGAUUGUCAAUACUACGAAAAGCGAUUUUCCCAGCGCGGUACCCUGAAGGAACAUUUGCGAACGCAUUCGGACGAUAAACCCUUCUCGUGCGAUUCCUGUGAGGCCAGAUACACCACCAGCUCCCAGCAGCGAUUGCACGUCAUGCGCCACAACAGCGUGCGACCGCAACAGCGUCCGAACGCACACGCUGGAGAAAUGAUCAGUAAGCGUGUGUGUCCAACGUACCCAUCGGUGGCAUUCACGAGAAGAAUAGAGGGCCUCACUAGCAUAAUUGUCAGCAAACUCUUAGCAAGCCUUGAUACACGGACGUGCUGCAAGAUGUGAUAGAUCCCAAAGGAUAACAGCGAAAGGAGCAGCCGUCGUCGUCGUCGUCGUCGUUGGUGUCAUCGUCCAAUUUGUGGUGCAAUCGAGUUGCGAAACGAAUCGAAGGAAGCAAAGAAACGACGGAGUGAGAAGAAGAGGGCACAAAUAACAUACUUCACCGAGGAGCAAAUCGUUCUUUUCUUCCGUUGAAGGACCUUUUUCCACGUGCUCUGUUACCUGUAGUCAUUGCAUGCCGGGAAUGACUGACUCGGAGAUCCUUCGAAGGUGGA